GUCUCCAGCAUAAUGUUCAAGUUUGUGUUGGCUGUGUUGUCCGUCUUCCUCCUUGUGGCCUCAGCCAUGGCCAGCCCCAUGCCCGAGCCUGGCUAUCGUCGCCAUGGUGGCUAUGGUGGUGGUUAUGGCGGGUAUGGUGGAGGUUAUGGUGGUGGAUAUGGAGGCUAUGGCGGUGGAUAUGGAGGCUAUGGCGGGGGAUAUGGAGGCUAUGGCGGUGGAUACGGGGGCUAUGGAUAUGGACGAUAAAGAAGGACAACAGUUAUCCAGGACAAUUAUUCUGGACUAAACACAGACCCGGCAUAUUUCCAGGACCUUCGCUAGAGAAUAACUUCCACAUUUACCCUUGUAACAAAGAUUAACUUAUUUUUGAAAUAAAUUAUUUUACCCAAA